CGGUCGCGGCGUGAUGACGUUUCGGAAGCCCAGGCGCGGGGCGAUGCCUUCCGGAUCCCGCGCGGGCCCCGCGGCCCCUGGACCCACACACCCCAGGCAGCAAAAGAACAAAAGGACAGUGGGGGCCAAAAAGACAUGGGACGGCACCUUCCAGGAGACCAGCCCUGGCGAUGACUCUCUCAGCGACUCAUCCUCUGCCUCUUCCCGGGAGCCAGUGAGUGGUGGUCGCUCCUCCAUCCGUAAGCCCACCUACUGGCUGGAGAUGAGAGGGAUGAAGGCAGCUGCCCAUUCCAGUGCCGAAAAAAAAGUCACAGGAGGCGGGCCAUCCAAGGGGAGGAAGAAGCCCACCCAGGAGGAGGAUGAAGACUAUGAAGAGUUCCCCAGAAAGAAGCAAAAAGUUUCUGGGAGGAAGCAACGGGCCGGAGGUCAGCACAACUCCAAAUCCCCAGGCCGGCAUGUGAGGAAGGAGCCUCCGACGUAUGCAGCAGGCAGUGUCGAAGAGCAGUGGUAUCUGGAAAUCCUGGAUAAGGGCAGAGUCUCCUGUCCCACCUGCCGGGCGGUCGUGAGGAAGACGGUGGAGGGUCUGAAGAAGCACAUGAAAAACUGUAAACAGGAGAUGUUCACAUGCCACCACUGUGGGAAGCAGCUGCGGUCGCUGGCAGGGAUGAAGUAUCACGUCAUGGCAGAUCACAACAACUUGCCUAUCCUGAAAGCUGGAGGGGAAUUGGAUGAACCCAGUGAGCGGGAGCGACUCCGGAAGGUCCUGAAGAGAAUGGGGAAGCUCAAGUGCACGCGGGAGAGCUGUUCCGGUAGUUUCACCAGCAUCAUGGGCUACCUGUAUCACGUCAAGAAAUGCGGCAAAGGGGCUGCAGAGCUGGAGAAGAUGGCACUGAAAUGUCAUCACUGCGGAAAGGCCUAUAGGUCCAAAGCUGGACUCACGUACCACCUGAGGUCAGAGCACGGGCCUAUCUCCUUCUUCCCAGAACCGGGACGGCCAGAGAGCCUGCGGGAGCUGAGCCUGGAGCCGGACGCCGGGGGCCGCGUGCAGAGACGCUCGGCCAAGGUGGCCGUCUACUAUCUGCAGGAGCUGGCCAGCGCCGAGCUCGCCAAAGAGUGGCCCAAGAAGAAGGUGCUUCAGGACCUCGUGCCCGACGACAGAAAGUUGAAGUACACGCGGCCCGGCUUGCCCACCUUCAGCCAGGACGUCUUGUGCAAAUGGAAGUCUGAGAUCAAGAUGUAUCGGCGCGUCCAUUGUCCCAACCAGGGAUGCGAAUCUGUCUACAGCAGCGUGUCUGGCCUCAAAGCUCACCUGAGCACAUGCACACUGGGAGACUUUGUGGCCGGAAAGUACAAGUGCCUCCUGUGUGAGAAGGAGUUCGUGUCUGAGAGCGGCGUCAAGUACCACAUUAACUCCGUGCACGCCGAGGACUGGUUCAUCGUGAACACGGCGACGACCAAAAGCUUUGAGAAGCUAAUGAAGAUGCAGCAGCAGCAGCAGCAGCAGCAGCAGCAGCUGGAGGAGGAGGAAGAGGAGGAAGAGGAAGAGGAGGAGCAGCGGUGGCAGCAGCAGCGGAAGAGGAAACUCUUGCCCUGGGGCAGUAAGAAACAGCAGCAGCAGCAGCAGCAGCCCGAGGUCGAGCUGAUGCCGAAAGAGGCGAGCCCCAAGGGAGGGAAGGGGCGAAGGCGGAGCAAGAGGGGCCUGGGGUCCCCGGCGGUUCCCGCAGCGGCCUGCGAGAGCAGCGAGGAGGAGCCGGAGCCCGAGCCCGCGCCCGAGGCGGGCCGCAAAGCCCACCUCCCAAAGAACAGUCGUAAACGUGGAAGGAAAUAGCCAGCCGGGUCCAGAGCGUCUCUUGGCCGGGGA